AUGGAAUCCUUGUGGAAAUUGACCUACUUGCUCGAGCCGGCAUCACUUGCUCUAAUUGCCACAGCCAUUUCUGUGGCCUAUGCAUCAGCAUCGCGUGCUCUGGACUAUGGCAAAGAGAUGGAGAGAAACUUGGAUUUUUCAGAGGCUUCCAUUACAUUGGAUCGGUCGCUGGCUCUAAUGAUUCCCCUUGCAAGCUCAUGCAGUCUGUUGCUGAUGUUCUACUUGUUCUCGUCUGUCUCACAUCUCGUGACUGCUUUUACUGCUGUGGCCUCAGCGAUGGCACUGUUCUUUUGCCUGUCUCCACACAUCACCUAUCUCAAGACACAAUUCAAUCUAAUGGACCCAUUCGUGUCCAGGUGUUGUUCAAAGUCGUUUACACGGUUGCAAGAAAGGUUCUUUGGAGCAAAUGUCAUGGUCUUUGUUGCCACUCAGAAGGCAUCUAAUCCUGUUCACACAGUAGCAAAUAAGCUCAGCCUGCCCGGAUUGCAAUUGAUUACAAAGAAGCUGGAGCUUCCAGUCAAGCUUGUAUUUCCCAGGAAUUUGUUGGGUGGGAUUGUUCCAGGAAACAAUCCUGGUGACUACAUGAUGCUUGGCCUUGGAGACAUGGCCAUUCCAGGGAUGCUUCUAGCUCUGGUACUCUUUUUUGAUAGCCGGAAGUUUAAGGAUGUGAAUGUUCCAUCAGAUGUGUCUCCCCCAAAAAGGCGGAAUUAUGUGUGGUAUACUCUAACAGGGUAUGGUAUUGGCUUGGUAGCUGCACUAGCUGCUGGGAUCUUGUCUCAGUCUCCCCAACCAGCCUUACUGUACCUGGUGCCAUCGACACUGGGGCCUGUCAUGUACUUGUCAUGGUUAUGGAAUGAGCUGUGGGAGCUAUGGGAAGGGUCUGGGACGAUUCUAAACGAUAAAGCUCGUUUGCUGGAGGUCUGA